GAAGUUGUUUCCGCCUCCAAGCCGGAAACAACUUCACCCAAAAGAAAACCGGAAAAACAUCUACCUGGAAUAACCGAUUAGAAUGAACGUCAAACGAAAACACCGCGUGUGCACCGACGAUGAAUCGCCUCAAUCCAAACUAAAAGGAAAAGAAACAGAGCUUAAAAAGUCUGAACUCGGCUCGUUCCUCCACUGACGGCCAUCAGAACAGAUUCCUGAGCCACAACAGCGUUGAAGAGUUCCUGCAUCUCCUCCAGGACUCACAAUCUGGAAAUAAUAUCCAGGUGCUAUGUCCUCAUCUUCUGACAGAUCUUCACUGAAAUUAGGAAAACAUAACAACAUGGACAUUGGCCUGAUCAGUGUCGGAUGCCCGACAAUCCGCCGACUGAAAACUAAGAAACAGACAUUUGGGACGCUGACCAGAGUCACUAUAGGUGAAAAAGAUGUGAGGAAGAUAAAUAAAACCAUCUUGCUUGUUGGAGAAAAGGGGACAGGAAAAUCUGCUCUGAUCAAUGCUCUGGUUAAUUACGCCAUGGGAGUGAGGUUUGAGGAUGAAGUCUGGUUUCAGGUUGUGGAGGAAGAGGAGAAUGACCAAACAUCAGAUGUGACUGUGUAUGACGUCUUUGAUUUUAAAGAUAAACCUCUGCCCUACUCUCUGACCAUCAUUGAUACUCCUGGAUGUGGGAGCCACAGAGGGAUGAACUGUGAUGUGACUGUAAGCCAGAGACUGUUUGACUUAUUUCGAUCAGAAGAUGGAGUUCAUGAGAUCCAUGCAGUGGCAAUGGUGAUGAAGGCUACUGAGCAUCAGUUCAGUGAUUCUCUGAGAUACAUACUGGAGUCAAUGAUCCCUCUUUUUGGGAAAGGCCUUGAAAACAUCACUGUGGCUCUGAUCACACACUCAGAUGGGACGAUACCUACGGCUGCUCUUCAAGCCCUUAAAGGUGCAGGGACUCCAUGUGUAACAGACGCGAACAGCCAGCCUGUUCACUUUACAUUCAAUAACUGUCAGAAUGAGGCUCGAACAGAGGAAACUAGCUUAGAUCUGGAAAAAGCAUGGAGAGUGACAGAGGCAGGGAUGAGUCAGUUCAUGUCUUUUCUUAAAAAGGCUUCACCUCAGCAGCUACAGGUGAUGUUUGGGUUUAACUCACAAAUAAGACUUGCAGCCACUAUCCAAAAUCUAGAGGAGAAAAUCAGGCUAAAUGAACUGAAGCAGAAAGAAAUUAGGCAGCUUCAAGACGCUCUGAAGAAACAAAAAGAAGAGAAGAAAAUUGAGAACGUCAUCGAAGUAGAUGAAGUCUGCAUAGAACAAGAACCUAUUGGUGGUGAGAUGUCCUUCUUAAAAUCGGCUGUCUGCUGCACCGUCUGUAAGGAGAACUGCCACUAUCCAGGAUGUACGAUGGCCCUGAACCAUGAAGAGUGUGAGGUCAUGAACAACAGUCGCUGCACUGUUUGCACUGGUAAAUGUCCCGUUUCAACACAUAUUAAAGCCGACUGGAGGUACGUGGCCAAGACAAAAAAAGUGCAGAGAACCAAAGAGGAAUAUAAAAAGAUGUAUAAGAAAGCAUCAAACCAUAAGAUAAAGCUUCUUGAGAUUCUGGAAAAGGAGAUUGAAAGUCUAAAGUCAGAGAAGACACAACUGAUAGAAAACUCCUUCAAAAAAGUUGCAAACUUGGAUCAGACAGUUCUUAAAGUUUGCUCCCUUUCCACCUACAUAAGUUUGGACUUCCUGAUUGAGAAGAUGGAAGAACAAGGAGACUCAGAGAAGCAACAGAAACUGCAGCAGAUGGACCAGCAGAUGGAUGGAAGGGUCAAAGCCUUGCUCAACUGCAACAACAACGAUCCACAAGAAAUCUUGGCCAACAAUGAGCCGAUUCGUUCUGGAUCCACUAAAGUCUACCAGCUCAAAACAAAGAAAAAAGUCAUUGGAACCUUGACCAGACUGACUGUAGGCACAAAAAACCACAACAAACCAAAUAAAACCAUCCUGCUUGUUGGUGAAACAGGGGCAGGGAAAUCGACUCUGAUCAACGCUCUGGUCAACUACGCCAUGGGAGUGACAUUGGAAGAUAAAGCCUGGUACCAGAUCGUAGAAGAUGAGAAAAGGAGUCAGACAGAAAGCCAGACAUCAGAUGUGAUUGUGUACGAACUCUUUGGUUUUGAAGGUAAAACUCUGCCCUUCUCUCUGACCAUCAUUGAUACUCCUGGAUUUGGAGACACCAGAGGGAUUGAAUAUGAUGUUGUUGUCAGUGAAAGAUUAUUUCAAUUGUUUCAAUCAAAAAAUGGCAUAAAAGAACUUCAUGCAGUGGGUCUGGUAGUAAAGUCGAGCGUGAAUCGACUGAGUGACCGACUUAAGUACAUCUUUGAGUCAGUGAUGUCUCUGUUUGGGAAAGACAUAGAGAAAAACAUUGUAGCUUUGGUCACUCACUCCAAUGGAAGAAAACCAAGGGUCUUGCUUCAAGCUCUCAAUACUGCCAAGAUUAAAUGUGCCAAAGAUGAGGAGGAACAACCUGUUCACUUCCUCUUCAAUAACUGCCGACAUGAAGAGCAGAUAGAAGAAAAGCAUUAUAAAAAUGCUGACAAGAUAGCAGUGAAAGGUCUGAGUGGCUUUGCUGCCUUUCUGGAGAAAACUGCACCCCGAAAACUAGAUGUGACUUUAGAUGUUCUCAAUGAACGGAUCAGACUGUCCGCCUGCAUCCAAAACCUGCAGGAAAGGAUCCGACUGUCUGAGCUGAAAGAGGCAGAAACUAAACAGAUUAAAGAAGCUAUGGAGAUACAGAAAAAUAGCAAAACUAAUGAGACGGUCACUGUAGAAUUUGAUGAAGCCUACAAAGGCAAAGAAGCCAUUGAAGGAGACAUUUGGCUGAUGAUUUUAGUAAAAGGGGCCGUAUGCUGUACAAUCUGUGAGGAGAACUGUCACUAUCCUGGAUGUUCAAGCUCUAGAAAGCCUGAGGACUGUGAGGUGAUGAAAGAUGGCCGGUGCACUGUGUGCACUUUAAAGUGUCCUGCAUCUGCUCAUGUGAAAGGGAAGUGGAGAUAUGUUAACAAGACGAAAAGGGUUCGGAGAAGCCUGAAUGAGAUUAAAAGAAAAUCGAAACGAGAAAAUUGUUGGAAUUUUUUGGGUAAUCUUGAGGAAGACUUGGAAAAGCUGAAGGCAGAAAAGUCACAGCUGCUGGAAGAAGCUCUCCAACAUAUUGACAAUUUGGGGAAGAUUGCUUUGAACGUUAAUUCAGUGUCCACAUUUGUCCCAUAUGACUUUUUGAUCGAAAAGCUGAAUGAAAGAGGAGAAGCAAAAAAAAUUCAGAAACUGGAGGAGAUAAAAAACAAAAUGGAUGAAGGAACCAGAGCAAUCAUCCUGUCUGUAUGGGAUAAAAUGAAAGCAGCUACCCAAAAAAUUCAACAGACUUUCAAGUAGCAAAUCUGGAAUCAGCUGAAAGGGAUCUUUUCAGUGCAUCUUUAAAUUAAUGUACUUGUUGCUUGGAUAAAUGUUCUGGAUAAGGUUUUCUUAUGUAAGCUGUUAAAUACUUUAAAACAGCACAUGUCAAACAGUUCUACACAUUCCUAAUGUUAAAAUCAGUCCAGCACUACUAGAAAAAAAAAAUGCUAAUGCUAUCAGAAGAAACAAACCACUGUUGACGUGAGGAACCAGCCAAAGCGCAGCAAGGUCGGGUCUCAGAUUGAUACUUUUCCAAUUUCCUUUCAUUGAACUCAAUAUUCUCCUGUUCAUAAACCAAAGAUUUACGAUCACAAGAUAAAGGUAACUGGUAAAAAAAACAUCAUUUUUGUUUCUAUUGAUUUAGUUUUCACACAAUAAGACAUUAAAUAAAAAUCCUUUAUGAAAAUCCCAAUACUAAAAAUAUCCCUCUUGUCCGUGCACUGGCACUGUAGCUUCCUUAGCAUGUUCAUUACAACCGUCAGCUUCAGCAUUGUGAUUAAUGACUGAGCUGCUUUUCAUACUUCAUUAUAAUUUAUCAUAGUUUAGAUGACAUUUCAAAUGGCAGCUGGAGGAGCACAGUUGGUAUUUUUCUGGCUGAGUUUGGUGAUUAUAUUACAUAUGAUUUAAAUGUUCAUAAUAUGAUUGUAUUGCCUCAGCAGCAGCAUCAUGAUUAUGGUUUUGACUACAUGAACUGUUUCACUCUCCUUGAUUUUCAACUGCUUUAUUACUAAUAAUGCAUAGUGAUUUUACUUACAUUUUAUACUUCAAUUUCCUAAUAAACUAUUAUCCUUAGAGAUGCAUUGGAAUUGUAAGAAAUUAUUAGAUCAUUG